AUGUGGGUAUAUCUCUUCUGCCAUUUUCGUUCACGUAUUGAGUAUCAGCAGCUCCGUCGUUUCCAAAUCAAGUUCGUGUCUGAUCGCGACUACUAUACGGCACUCGCUCUCUUGGGCGAGAUCAAUUGUCCCUUGACAGAAGGGAGUGCGCCUUCGGUCCCGUCCUCUCGAAGACUGCCCUCAACCAUGUCUUUGAACUCGGAAUACGCCCCGUCACUUGCAACAAGCUAUACUGGGGAGCCGCACACCAGCCCUGCGAUCCCUUUUCAUCAUUCUGCAGCAUACAGACCUGCCAUGGCGACAACUACCAGCCCACCGCUCUCGUGCUCAGGAAGUGCCUCCCUUAUUACAUCCUACCUCACGCGUCCUUCGGUCAGAAGCAUCGGUCCCAGCAAUAACAGAGCACAGGCAACUUUACAACGACACCAGGAUACUCCGAGCUUCAAUCAUGAACCUAUGCGACGCACAAACACCUAUACCCUAUCGUCAACCACCGUGCCAUAUCACGACGUCGAACAACUGAACCAAAUGCUGCCCCCUCGCUCAGAACAAGUCAGGCGUACUAGCACAACAACUACUGCUGCUAGACCUACUAUCUCCGCAGCACACCAUGACAUUGAAUCGCUCAGCCAUGACCUUCCCCCCAAGCGAAACCUUCCAUUCUCAACCCCGAACCCAAUCGCGAAAAGACCCCGAACAAAUGCAGUGCUUCAAACUCAGACACCCAGUUCUACUCCACGUCCACCGUCGUCGCAACUCCCGCAUGCACGUCCCGAACUCAACGAGAGACAGGACUCCCAUGCAAAUGCUCCAUUGCGGGGAUUAUCACGUUGCGCCUCGAACAUCCAAGUCUUCCAAUCCCAACCUCCCUCACCGACACCAACGCAGCUGCAUCCACAGCGACUGCCAACGCAAAGAGUCCAUCUGCACUCUCCUAAGCCUCCGCCAAUCUUUCGACCAAAUACAUUUACGGAGCGCAGUACAGAUCUCGAUGACUAUACUUCAUCGGCUGCACAGCUCUGCCCAGACAUUCCGCCCAACACCACAUUUAUAACACAGCCCGAAACCCAAAGCCAGAACCAGCACCAAAAUCCACGGCCGCAACCACCUGCCCACCCACCAUCCCUAUCCUCGUCCUCAAUUGAACUAAGCCUUUCGCAAUAUUUCUCCGCACCAACAGCGGAACGCACCGCCAUGCUCGAGAACUGGAUGUGCGAGCUGCUCGAGGAUGAUAAGUUCAUGGUCCUGUGUGAGGAUGUCGAGGGGGUGUGGAGGCGAUUUGCGUUUGGGAAGAAGACGUGA